UUCCUGUACCUCUUUCUCCUCUGGGUACCAGCUCCUUACUGUCCUGUAGGCGUUCGUGCUUGUGGCCAAGAGAAGGAGGACUUAAAUUCUUUAAAUCUCAAAAGAGAGCUCCCUCCUUCCCGCCCCCUUCCUUUCUGUCUGCAGGUCCACGGGUCUGCAUUCACUGACAUCUCGAGGCAAAAAAAAAAGAAGAGGAAACUAUCCUGAAUCCUCACAGCUGGAAACAUCAUGCAAAAAACCUGCAAAGAAAAUGAAGGAAAGCCCAAAUGCAGCAUACCAAAGAGAGAAGAAGAACGCCCCUAUGGAGAAUUUGAACGUCAGCAAACAGAAGGGAAUUUUAGGCAAAGGCUGCUUCAGUCUCUCGAGGAAUUUAAAGAGGACAUAGAUUAUAGGUAUUUUAAGGGUGAAGAAAUGACAAGGGAGAGAGAUGAGAUGGAAAGGUGUUUGGAAGAGAUAAGGGGUCUGAGAAAGAAAUUUAGGGCUCUGCAUUCUAACCAUAGGCAUUCUCGGGACCGUCCUUAUCCCAUUUAAUGCAUUUCUUCUCUGAGUUCAACUAUUUUUCUGUUACUUAUAUUACCACCAUUGGUUUCUUUUUGUCUGAAUUUUCUUGCUAAAUAUUGCUACCAUUUUACCCCUAUCCUUCAGUGUUCCUUUGAUUUGCAUAUGACUCCUGUUUCCAACAUUUCAUCUUUUGACUCAAUCUCACUCAUUUAAUAAGGAUGUUUCAUUCAUUUGCAUGGGAAGAUGCUCACUGUAUAUUGUAAAGUGAAAAUAAUAAGUUGCUAAACAGUGCGUGUAUGUGUGUAUAUA